AUACAACCUCCCCAACUGACCACAAUAGGACUAAAAUUGCCCACCGCACACGAGGAAGCCAUAACGCUGGCCUACUUGGGAACCCACCUACAGAUUCUAGGUACUAUCCAAGUCAAGCCACCCAAUACAACGGUUUAGUCCCCCCUAAUUCGACAUGCACACUAUCUCAUCCUUUUUUUAUCUCUCUCCCCCUCAACAUUACUGCUAUGGGGUCUCCAAAUGUUGAGGGCGACAAUCCCACUAUUCUGAAACCAUCUAUAUACUCCGAUUUAAUGGGGAGUAGCACAUCCUACUCAACUUCGAUAACUGUUUCUAGUCUUGAAAACUCCUUGACUGAACCCCCUGAUCAUUCCCCGGACACAUUACCUAAUCAUUCGACUCUACCUUCCACUCUUAGACAUACUUCUUUCACCAAAACCACACCCGACUACCCUUCUUGCAUUAACCCUAAUGGAAAUAAACUAAACACUCAUCAAUAUGGAGUCAACGCUCCCAAUUCUUCCUUUUCUCAGGGCAAAACAGACAAACCACUCGGUUUACAUCAUACCCUUCUACUAGACAAACAGUCACCGUACCUGACACUUAUGUUAAUCAACGCUAGAUCUGUACAAAGUAAGAUGACUUACCUACGCACCCUAUUGCUUUUAAACAACCCCUCACUUGUUUUGAUAACGGAAAGUUGGCUGUCCUCCGAUACCACAGACACAUUUCUACAAAUAGACACCUAUGAGCUCUUCCGCUGUGAUCGAGUCACCAAGAAGGGUGGUGGUUGUCUCGUCUAUGUAUCAAAAAAUUUGAGAGCGGAAACCUAUAGCGACCACGUCCUCAGCAAACUUCCUGAAUCGAUAUGGCUUACUGUGCACACUCAUGAAUGCAAAAUACUAAUCGGAUGCAUAUAUCGAGCUCCUAACACUCCUAGUUCAACUGACACUAUUAUAAGUGAGUCAUUUGCUCAGGCUGCCUCGCUUGACUUCACAUACAAAAUUGUAUGUGGUGAUUUCAACCUUCCCACCAUCAACUGGAAGACACAUUCUGGCCCAUUGUGCUUUGAAAGCAUACUUAGGUCCUUAGACAUACACGGCUGGCAACAACAUGUACACCUGCCUACACGAAAUCACAACAUUCUUGACUUGAUAUUCUGUCAUAGUGUCACACCAACAUCAAUGGUGGUUAGCGAAAAGUUUCACAACAGCGAUCAUAAAAUAGUCCUCUGCACCCUUCCAAUUCUUGCCAUAUGCAACAAAUUAAAGACAUUAAAAACGCGAUUCCAAUAUAGAGACUAUGCAAACGCUGACUGGGAAAACUUUCGAUUUCUAAUAAAGCACUCUGACUGGGGCAGUUUCUUUACCAGUAAUAACCUCUUAGAAACAUUAGAAAUAUUCAAUAUCACCACCAAAUCUGCACUAGACACCACUAUACCCUCUAAAAUUGGUUUUAAAACAGUUACUCCCUAUAUAAACCAAAAGACUAGGUCUAAACUGAGAAAACUGAAAAGGAUGUACUAUAUAUCAAAAGACUUCAGUGCCCUGCACCAGAUAUACUCUGUACUUGACGGAGUACAAAGUCAACACAACAAGCAUAAACAGGUAGAGGAACGUACUGCGCUCGCUGCUGCAUCUAAAGCCCAAGCCCUAUGUCGUCUCCUCACGAAACGCAUAAGAAAGAACACAGACAACAACAUUCACUCCUUACUGCACGAUGGAGUAACGUAUAAUGACCGAACCGUCAUAUGUGAACUAUUAAGUGAAUGGUUUUCUCACAAUGGGAAUACAUCUGAUGCCCCAGAUAUCGACAUAAAGUGCACCGGCGAAAACUAUCUUAGUACCAUAAACUUCGACAUUAUGAGUAUACAUACCGCCAUUAAAACCCUUAAACCAAAUGCGAGUUCUGGUGCCGAUGACAUCCCUUCAAUCGUUUAUAAAAUGUCAGGGCCGGACAUACAGACGCUACUACUCAAAAUAUACACAUUAUCUUUAGAGACAGGUACAUAUCCGGAAACCUGGAAGGUAACGUAUGUUCUACCCAAACACAAAUCCGGACCGAGAAACCUGGUAGAAAACUACAGACCUAUAAAUAUCACUCCAGUCAUAUCACGCAUAAUGGAAAAAGUGAUACAAAAUCAACUAUCUGAUCACCUACUCAAGGAAGAUCUAAUAGACCCGUCACAACACGGCUUCAUUAGAACAAGGUCGUGCAGUACAUGCCUGAUAGACUUCUUUAACGAGGUUACUCGUAUGCGUGACCAGAAGAAACUAGUUAUUAUACUAUACUUCGAUAUUAAGAAAGCCUUUGAUAAAGUACCUCAUAAUCUUCUAAUCAACAGACUGAAGUCAGUUGGAAUUAUAAAUCCCCUUUUGCAAUGGAUCAAGUCUUUUCUUACGAACAGAUAUCAAAUAACCAAGAUUAACUCUAAUACAUCUACACCUCGACCGAUAACCAGUGGUGUUGUGCAGGGUAGUGUCUUGGGUCCAUUGCUCUUUAUAAUCUACAUCAACAAUAUAUGCAGGUGUUUCAGCACAGGUAAGACCUACCUCUAUGCCGAUGACUUAAAAGUCAUCUAUAAAACUGACAUUUGCGAUUUACGCAGUACUAUGCAAACAAUCCAACAUGAACUCAACAUGGUAGAUGACUGGUGCAAACGCUGGAGGUUAGAGCUCAACAUAGAGAAAUGCGGCUGGUUAUGUAUAGGAGACACGUCUCUUAAAAUGAAACUAACAAUUAGCGAUCACGCACUCCCCAGACUGGCAUCAGUAACUGACCUAGGGGUACAUUAUUCACACAGUCUUAAUUUCUCUGAACACAUCUCAGCCAAAGCAUCCAAAAUGCGGAAAUUGCUUGGCUUCAUUCUCCGUAAUUUCUAUCAAAAUGAAUCUAAAAUCCUUCUUUACAAAGUUUGUGUAAGACCUAUCGUUGAAUACUGCUCGUUCUUAUUUUCCAACCUACGUCUAUCUGAUAUACUAAAGGUGGAAGGAAUACAACGAGACUUCACCCGCAAAAUACUUAAGACUGGCUCGGUCAUUGACUACAGUUCUCGAUGCCAAAUCUUAGGAAUAGCACCCCUUUGGGAGAGAAGGCUUAGGUCUAAUUUGAUUCUCUACUUCAAACUACUCAAAAACCUUACUUACUCAACAUGUCAGAUAAUUCUUGCCCGAGAUUCACAUGAAUACGAACUUCGAAACAAAGUAUCUACGGUCAAAGUUGAGAAAUACAGAUCAAAAACUCGGGAAAACUUCUUCCUCACCAAGUAUGCAAUAAUAUGGAACAGUCUUCCUUCCGAGACUCGCAUGGCAGAUGAACUACAUACGUUUGUGAAACUGCUUGAUCAAGCCCUCACUCGCACUGAUCUUGCACGUACGAACACAUCUGCACCCCACUCAGACAUCAUAGGCUCUCUCCAUGUCUAGACCAAAAUGGACUUCAAGUUCAGUUUGCCUUAUUUUUCCUACUUUGCAGUUGUAUUAAUUACUUUUUCCACCCCAUUUCUUCACUUGAAGUAGACAGGUAACUCACUGGACCUAUCAUUACUGUCAAGCUAAACUCGGUCGAUAAGGGACAAUCACUACCACCCUAAAAAGUCAAGAGGACCCGACAAUCGGCUGCCUACUACCAGUGGUCUUGCAUCUAUGGAACCUGUUACCAAUCAACUGGUUAAGACAACAGAAAAUAACAUCAGCACCAAGUUACUAAUCUUGCUCUGAGAGCACAACUAUGAAACUUCUGACGUUUGGAGCAAACAUAACGUACGCGUCCUCUCAAGGUCAUAGUUUACAGCAAGCGCUCUACGAUC